CUGUUAGGUGACUACGACAAGGUGAAGGCGGUGUCCGAAGGCUCCGACUGUCGGUGCAAAUGCCUGGUCAGACCCCUGGGCCGCGGUGCCUGCCAAAGGAUUAAUGAAGGCGCUUUCAAAGCGGAGGAUUUCUACACAGUGGAAACCAUCACGUCAGGACCCAGCUGCAAGUGUGCGUGUGUGGCCCCCCCCUCGGCGCUCAAUCCUUGCGAGGGGGACUUCAGGCUGAAGAAGCUGCGGGAGGCGGAGAGCAGCGACCUGAAGCUGUCUUCCAUCGUCGAGAUGCUGGAAAGUGCCUUUUAUGGCUUAGACCUUCUUAAGCUGCACUCAGUCACAACCAAGCUGGUGGGUCGAGUGGAAAAGCUUGAGGAGGGCAUGUCCAGGAACCUCACACAGGAAGGCCACCGGGUAGGAGCCCGCGUGGAGGAGGGUCUGCAGGAUCCCCACCGCAGGGACAGGGAGAACUGCUCCAGCCUCAUCACCAACAGCCUUGCCGACAUUGAGAGCUCGCUGCAGCGGGACGCCGAGGCUGCCUACACGCAUGCAGAGGGCAAAUACGAAGAAAGAUUCCUGAAAGAUGAAACCAUCUCCCAGCAGAUCAACUCCGUCGAGUCCCUCCCAGAGCUGCACCUCUCUCUGGAGGACGAGAAGCCCAAGCAGCUUUUGCAGAGGAAGCUGCAUGUGAGGAGCCGGCCUCCUUCCAAGCCCACCAUUGUCCGAGGUGUCACCUACUACAAAGCCCAGUCCACUGAGUCAGAGAACGACAUCGAGGAGCAACCGGACGAGCUGUUCAGCGGGGACAACACAGUGGACCUGCUGAUUGAAGACCAGCUCCUGAGGCCCAGAAGCAGGGUGGGCGAGGGCGGGAGGAAGCCCUCCCCGGUGGGAUGGCCACCCACCCCUGGCAGCGACCCCACCACCCCCCCGGCCGCUGACACUGCCGCCACAGCCACAGUGCCCCUGUCCCCUGCUACCCCCACGGGGCCCACACCGGACCCCACUGCUGUGAGCCGGCUGACCCCCACCCCGGAGACCACGACUGCCCCAGCAGGGCUGGCAGAGGAGGGGACCCCGCAGCUACCAGCAGCCUCGGCCAGCACGGCAGUGGCCACAGCCACAGAGAGCCUGCCCGCAGCCACCAGCUCUGUCCCCAGCCUUGGCGUAGCCACCACUGCUGGGACCUUGAGGGGUGUGGGGACAAGCCCUGCCCCAGAGAGCAGCCCAGAAGCUUGGGGACAGGCAAGCACCCCUGUAAUGCCAGUCAGCCCCACCAUCCCCGCCACCCCGAAGCAGGCUCUGGAGGAGGAGGACAUCAGGAACAUCAUUGGGCGCUGCAAGGACACACUGUCCACCAUCUCGGGGCCCACCACCCAGAACACCUAUGGGCGCAACGAGGGGGCCUGGAUGAAGGACCCCCUGGCCCAGGAGGAGCGGAUCUAUGUCACCAACUACUACUAUGGGAACACGCUGGUGGAGUUCAGGAACCUCGACAACUUCAAGCAAGGUCGCUGGAGCAACUCCUACAAGCUCCCAUACAGCUGGAUUGGGACAGGGCACGUUGUCUACAAUGGCUCCUUCUACUACAACCGGGCCUUCACACGCAACAUCAUCAAAUACGACCUGAAGCAGCGGUACGUGGCUGCCUGGGCCAUGCUGCACGACGUGGCCUAUGAGGAGUCCACUCCGUGGCGGUGGCGAGGCCACUCGGACGUAGACUUCGCUGUGGAUGAGAACGGCCUGUGGGUCAUCUACCCGGCCAUCAGCUACGAGGGCUUCAACCAGGAGGUGAUUGUGCUGAGCAAGCUGAACGCGGCCGACCUCAGCACCCAGAAGGAGACCACGUGGCGGACGGGGCUCCGGAAGAACUUCUACGGGAACUGCUUUGUCAUCUGUGGGGUCCUGUACGCGGUUGACAGCUACAACAAGAGGAACGCCAACAUCUCCUACGCCUUUGACACGCACACCAACACGCAGAUCAUCCCCCGUCUGCUCUUUGAGAACGAGUAUGCCUACACCACGCAGAUAGACUAUAACCCCAAGGACCGCCUGCUCUAUGCCUGGGACAAUGGGCACCAAGUCACUUACCACGUCAUCUUUGCCUACUGAGACCCCCCCGCCACAGUGGGGCACUGCGAGCCAGGGGCCAUGAGCACCUUUUAUUAUUAUUUUUAUUGUUAUUAUUGUUAUUUUGUACAAAUUGAAGAGUAAAUGAUGGGUUUUGUUUCAAGCUGGUUUUUUAUGGUGGAUUGUAGAUCGAUCCCCACGCCAGAACCACCCCCUUCAUCUUUGCUGUAACCUUGCUUCUG